CACACUCUUCCUAGUUCCAAUGAACCUUAACCUUUCUCCUAUGGAGCAGGUGAAGGAUAAGGAGCAUGAUGAGCAGCAGCAGGCCUUCAAUUUCGGCCUAAAUCCUCAAAUUUUUUCUUGUUCGUCGUCUUCUUCUGCAUCAUGUCAAAUUUUCUUCAAUCCAAGUGAAGAUCACAUGGGGUUUUAUCACCCCCAAUUAUACCAGCCCAAGGAUGGGUAUUAUGAGUAUGAUAGAGGAUCAUCAUCAUCAACAUCUUAUGAUAUCAAAAACAAGUUGGAAAAUGGAGUAAAAUGGAUGGCUUGGAAGAACGAUCGUGUAGCUGAAGCUGCGAGGAUUGAAGUUAAGAAGGUGUUGCGUCCGUCUUCAGUCGAAACUGAUCUGAGAUCAUCUUACAACUGUGACGUCACAAUUAGGGUUUGCUCAGAUUGCCACACAACCAAGACCCCUCUUUGGAGAAGUGGUCCCAAAGGUCCCAAGUCUCUUUGCAAUGCAUGUGGGAUUAGGCAAAGGAAGGCGAGGCGCGCCAUGGCAGCGGCGGCGGCGGCCAACUGCGGAGGGGCACCAGAGGUCAAGGCGAAGGAGAAGACGGGAAAGCAACGGUGCAAAGUAGGUGGUGGUGGAUCAUCAACUAGUACUGCUACUGGGAAGAAGAUGGAUUUUGAGGAUUUCUUGAGUCACAAAUUGGCAAUUCAUAGAGUUUUCCCUCAAGAUGAAAACGAAGCUGCGAUCUUGCUCAUGGCCCUAUCUUCUGGCCUCGUUCAUGCAUGAUGUUUAAUCAUCAAGUUAAAUUAUUAUUCGCUUUUAUUCUUGAUUUAGAUUCAGAGAGAGGUUUAGCUUUUUUUUUUUGUGAUCAAUCAGUUUGUAGAAGGUCCACCACUUAGAUUUUCUGGUGCUUAUCAUUUUGUGAUUUUAAAUAAGAAGACAUUGAUAUUUUUUAAA